AUGGUCCAUGAUACCAGCGAACCUCCCCCUCCCCCCGAUAUAUGUGACUCACGCCCCUACUCGAACCAAAUAUCGGCUUUCACCGCAGCCCGCUCCACCACCUCAGUAAUCCACAGCGACCCCUACUCUGCGGACGGCAAAGACGGAGAUCAUAGUACCUUCACUCUCCUUUCUACUUCCAACAUUCAGCAAUAUGGCCGCCAGCAAAGCUCUCAGCCCAAGCGUAUGGCCCGUGGGGCCUUUGCGCCGCUUGCCCUUGUCUUCCUCCUCGCGCUCGCGUUCCUCCCUAUCGCUUCCGCCACCGGCUCCGAGGUAGACCCGUAUACGUCCUACCCCCCGAUGAAGGCUACUCCACUUCUCUCAUCCCUCGCCUGGGUUUACAACCACGCCGUCUCGGCCUUGGGUAUUGACCCUGCCGUCAUUGCUGCUCAUGCCGGCAACACGAAGAGGAGUCUGGACAAGACUGGUAUCGUGGAGGCGUGUAUGAUCCCUGUUUUGGUGCUGUUGAGUGGUAUGUUUGCGGGGUUGACACUUGGAUACUUUUCCGUUGAUCCCACUCAGCUUCAAGUCUUGUCUAUCUCUGGUACAGCCAAGCAGCAGGAAUAUGCCAGGCUCAUCAUGCCCGUCCGCAAGGACUCGCAUUUGCUCCUCACCACCCUGAUUCUCGGUAACAUGAUUGUCAACGAGGCUCUUCCUGUGGUUGCCGAUGGCGUUUUGGGCGGAGGUAUUGUUGCUGUCGUGAUCAGUACUGCCUUGGUCGUCAUCUUUGCCGAAAUCAUCCCCCAAUCCAUCUGCUCUCGAUACGGUCUCCUCAUCGGUGCGCGUAUGGCCAAGAUCGUCCGAGUCAUGAUCUGGAUCGCCUUCCCCAUCGCAUGGCCUAUCGCCAAACUCCUCGAGUACAUCCUUGGUGCUCAUCACGGUAUCAUCUAUCGCCGAUCAGAGCUUCAAGAGCUUAUCAAGAUGCACGCCGCCUCUGGCGAAGGGGGCGGUGAUCUUGAUUUCGAUACUGUUCAGAUCACACAAGGUGCUUUGAACCUCGCGAAAAAGUCGGUCAAGGAAGCCAUGACGCCUAUCGACGAGGUCUUUAUGCUCCCUAUCGAGGCAAAGCUCGACUAUGAGACUCUUGGGCAAGUCGUCCGCUCUGGUCAUUCCCGUAUCCCCGUCUAUCAGACGGUCGAAGUCCCCGAUAUCAACUUUGCUGCUCCCUCUGUCGGUCCCGCCAAGACCAAGAUGGUCAAAAAGGUCAUGGGCAGUUUGCUCGUCAAGAGCUGUGUCUUGCUCGAUCCCGAAGACGCUACUCCUCUCGCUUCUAUUCCUAUCAACACCAUCCCCACUAUUCCCUUCGACGAGCCUCUCACCAACAUGCUCAAUGUCUUCCAAGAAGGUCGCUCGCAUAUGGCUAUCGUCUCGCGCCGCGCCAAGAGGGUCGAACCGGAGAUUGAGGACGCCCAGUCAGUCAUGACUGCCGCUGCCGGCGGUCUGAGGGAAAAGUUUAUGCGAAAGAUGGGUAUGGGAGGUUCCGACUCGGAGUCUUCCGACGACGAAGUCGAUGUGGAGAAGGGCGAGAAGAAGAAGAAGAGGCGGAUGAGCAAGAGCAAGAAGAGACGUGGAAGUGGCAGCUCUACCGAUGAAACUGCCGUCGGCCCUACUCCUGAAACCGCCCCCGCUACCGAAGCUUCCGAGAUCAAGCGAAAGGCACAGGACGAAGAGCUCAAGAAGCAAAAGUCUCGCGAGGGCAAGGAGAAGAAGGGCUCGUUGGUGCAGGCGGCCAAGUUGACUCAGCUUGAGCAGACUGUGCCGGCUGAUGCUCAGAUGUCGAAUCAGGCGGUGGAAAAGUUCUUUGAUGGGUUGGAGGGUGCGCCUUUGGGUAUCAUUACGCUUGAGGAUGUGUUGGAGGAGCUUAUCGGCGAGGAGAUUUACGAUGAGUACGACCAACACGGCGCUCCCCUCUCUGCCGCUUCCGCCUUUGUCCCCCGUGAAGCCAUGCUCGCCGCUCGCAAAGCGACUCUUGCCCGUCAACAACUCGCCGUCGCCCAGUCUACCCCUCUCCCUCCUACCAACGACGCCGACAUUGAAACCGCCGCGCCAGCUCCCAAGGGACGGGUCAUGGGCAAGCUUCCGGCAUUGAGCAAGUUUUCGUUGAAGAAGCCGUUGAGUCAGCCAGGACGGGCGAGGACGUUGGAUGUUACCACUACCCCCAGUGGUACUCCGCCGCCUUCUGCUGCAGGCGUGGUAGCUACGCCCGCGGAAGAAAAGGCGUCGUUCGCAAGGGGUACUGUCGCAAGUCCCGCCGAGAUCGAGGACAAGCCUGCUCGAAGAUCGUCUGCUCCAUUCGACACCGCCGAAACCGCUACCGCCGUACCCGCCCGACUCCUCCCUGGUUCCACCACCGCCACCACCCCGGCCCCUCAGCCCAAGCUCCUCAACGAAGCGUUGUUGAUUGAGCGAGAGAGGAGGAGGUUGGGCACGGCUUCGCAGCCGACGGCGCAUAGGAGUGUGAGUGCUGGGCCCGGGGGGUCAAGGCAGGCGACGCCGCCUAUGGCGGGUGAGGCGAGGUUGGCUCCGCCCGUCUCUGGUGCGGGUGCUUCUACUUCUGGACAAGGUGUCGUCUCUCCCCAGCCGCAUUAUGCGGGGAAGAAGGUGCCCAAGUUUAAGAGUGUGCCUACGCCCAUUGGGACUCCGCCUAUCGCCGAGAAGAAGAGGUCCGACAAGGAGUGA